AUGAUGAAGACUCCCGGGGCUGUGCUGCUGCUGCUGAUGGGUCUGGGUCUGCUGCUGCUGCUGGCCUCAGCAAAGGCGGAUGACAUCGACCAGCUGGAGCUCAAGUACAUCAGAUCUCAGGUGCAGGACUUUGAGAAACGACUGCAAACCAGCGAGAAGAAGACACGUGCAAAUGAAAACGCCGUCAAGAUACUGCAGAGCGACGUUCAGCAGCUGAAGAAACCUCCUAAACACGUGGCAUUCACUGCUGUCCUUCAGCCUCCAUCUGUGUAUAAGUGGGGUCUUGGGGAGAUAGGACAGUACUCCUACGAUAUGACCCUGAUCCACCAGAAGGUCCUCACCAACGUCGGCCAGGCCUACAGCACCAACUCAGGCAUGUUCACUGCUCCAGUGAGAGGCGUGUACUUCUUCACGUUCACCACGUACUGCUGGCUGACAGAUAUGGACACUGGAGUCAAACUGAUGAAGAACAGGGAGGAGAUGCUGCUGGUGUGGGAGCGGCAGGACAAGGGGGAUAACGAGGACUAUGCCACCAACUCAGCGGUGCUCUCCCUGGAGAUGUACGACGAGGUCUACCUGCAGCUGCCCAAAAACUUCAAGGUCCACGCCAACAUGUGGAGCAACAUUCACACCUUCAGUGGCUUUCUGCUGUAUGCCAAUUAGCAGCACGCACGCACGCACGCACGCACUGCACCUUCCCAAAGCCUUUAGAACAGAAUAGAAUAGAAUAGAAUAGAAUAGAAUAGAAUAGAAUAGAAUAGAAUAGAAUAGAAUAGAAUGGAAUAGGAUAGAAUAGACUUUUUGUCAUGCCAGCAUGUCUCCAUGCUAACAUGUGGUCAAGCUGUACCCCACAGUCAUGUAGCAACACACACACAAACGUUCACACACACACACACACACACACACACACACACACACACACACACACACACACACACACACACACACACACACACACACACACACACACACACACACACACACACACACAU